AUGACGGUUGGUCCCGAAGGGUCAUCCAUUAUCGGCCACCCCGGGCCCGGCAUGUUCUAUCUAGCUAAGGCACCUGAGGGCGUGGACUUGAAUGAUUGGGAUGGUGACGGAGACUGGUUUAAGAUUCGCGAGCUUGGACCUGUUAAAGAGGCAAAAGCGACCUGGGAGGUGGCCCCAGGCUCGAAUUCGAUGAAUGUCACCAUUCCUCAGACCGUCCCUCCUGGGAAAUACUUGCUCCGCACUGAACAUCUCUAUCUCAAGUCUGGAAUUGGACAAACCGAUUAUUACGUGUCAUGCACUCAUCUGGAAAUCGAAGGCCCUGGAGGUGGUACUCCGGGCCCUACGGUCAAAUUUCCUGGCGCAUAUGACAACUGGGAUAUCAGUAUUUGGCCGCCUUUCAGGAUUAAAUGGGAGACAGACUUAUCCGGCUAUAAGGCUCCGGGACCCGAUGUGUGGACUGGUUAG